AUGAUGAGAAGUCUGCAAACGGGAACGGAUCUGAGGUUCCAUUUGGCUAAGAAGAAAAUUCGGACAUGUGCUGGUAACUUUGGGAUAUUCGUACGGGUAUUUUGGAGUGUACAUGGAAAAUCAAAGUGUAGUUUUGUCUCGGAAACCUCGAUAAAACGAUUUUUGGAUGUGACAAAAGUGUGGGAUGUUUGAUGCGCGAUGGGACUCUCGAUUUCUCCAUGUGAUAUUAAAAGAUGCGCUUCCAUAUUAUAAAAUGAUUUUCAUUACAAAAUGUUUUAGACCUCGCACUAGUUGGGUCUGUCAUAGGGAAUUCGUUUAAUAACCAUAAUAGAAAAGGAAUGUGGACUCUAGCUUAUUGUAUAGCUUGCCAGUUAUAACUCUCUUCAUAUUGAAGACUUUAUUUAUCCC